GUCGUCAACAUCAUCAGCCUCACUCGAUAGCCGACCGGUGCGGCCUACAAGCAGAGUCACCUGAAUAUAGCCGUUGGAUCUCAGGCUGCUCAAGAAAGCUACCAAAGGAACACCACGAUCAAGUCCAACCGAGAAACUGGUCCAAGCGCUCAAUCAUCACCAAGCAAACAAACAAACAAACAAACACGAACAGGACAAACCCGUGAUACGGUUCAUCGCUUCAACUUUCAAUUCAACCUCUCUCCUUCUGAUUCAUCACCUCACAUCCAGACAACCCCAAAAUGGCAUCCUCCCAACCCCUACAUGGAACCGCCUCCCCAUCCCUAGUCCACGACGACAACAACCCAAACUCAUCCACAGCCUCCCCUGUCCUCGAAGGCCGCGACUCGCCCAACCUGCCGCUGACCAUGACCGCCUCCACGGUUUUGAUGACGCUCCCGCGGGACGCCACCGCCGCCCUCGCCGAAGCCGGGACCUUUGACCAAGAGAAGGUGGUGAUUCGUUUCAAGCCGGUCGGGUCGGCGCCCGCCCUCCGAAGGGAGCAAGUCAAAGUGCUGAGCACGCACUCGUUCGAGACGGUGGUGGCGUACCUGCGUAAGACGCUGAAGGUGCAGGAGACGGAUAGCGUGUUUCUGUAUGUGAAUAGCGUGUUUGCGCCGGCGUUGGAUGAGGUGGUGGGGAACUUGUGGAGGUGCUUUAAGGAUUCUACGAACCAGCUAAAUGUUUCGUAUUCGAUGACGCCGUCUUUUGGGUGAUCACCUCAAGUCUGAGAGGUGAAUCAAUCCCUGGAGAUUUGCAGGGUCGGAACAUAUCUUAUGGACAGCAUGUUAGACUGUGUCAAGACUGUGACGAGCCGUGUCGAAAAAUCAUCCAACAAAUCUAGGAUUACUAUGGAAACUUCAGCAUCCUUGAGCAACUAUCUGAAGGGUUUUGACACCACGGAACGCCACACCGUCAAGGUCAUCAAUAUCCACGGCAUCUCACAUCAAAUUAAAGGGAUCACGACAGAGGUACAUAUCAAAUUGCUACACUAUCAACGUGAGGCAACGCUCUUAUAUCCAAAAACAGCAACACAUUUUUUUAUCCCAAC